GUGAAAGGUAAAUCUGAGAAAAUAAAAAGUGCUAAAAUAACAAACUUAAAUGGAAAAACAAAAAAGUUCCUCCUUCCCGGGCUGGAGGCAUGACUUCAGCGCUCAGAUUCGGCUUCCGGCGGCCGCUUUCUUUAGCUCUGAGAGGACUGAUUCUCCGGCGAUUCUCCUCCUCCUCCAAUCCACUCCACUGCUUUGCUGAGGAAGACAAGCAUGAUGGCACAGAAAAAAGAGGCCCACCUCAUCAUAACAGGCCUACCUUCAUUCAUCCCGCUGCUAUCGUUCACCCUGAAGCCAUUUUAGGCCAGGGUGUUUCUAUUGGUCCCUUCUGCACAAUUGGACCUUCAGCAAAGGUGGGGAAUGCUUGUCAGUUGUACCCUGGCAGCCACGUCUUUGGAAACACAGAAUUGGGAGAUAACUGUGUUUUGAUGGUUGGUGCUGUAGUUGGAGAUGAUCUUCCUGGUCACACUGUCAUUGGGUGCAAUAAUACCAUAGGACAUCAUGCCGUUGUUGGAGCUAAAUGCCAAGACAUGAAAUACAAGCCAGGGAAUGAAUGCUUCCUUGAGAUAGGCGCCAACAAUGAGAUUAGAGAACAUACAUCUAUUCAUCGAUCUUCAAAGCCAAGUGACAUUACCGUCAUUGGUGAUAACAAUCUUAUAAUGGGAUCUUGUCAUAUAGCCCAUGACUGCAAAGUGGGUAGUAACAAUGUUUUUGCGAAUAAUACUCUUCUAGCAGGUCAUGUUGUGGUGGAAGACCAUGCACACGCUGCAGGAGCAAUUGUGGUUCAUCAAUUUUGUCAUAUCGGUUCAUUUUCUUUCAUAGGUGGUGGUUCGGUGGUCUCACAAGAUAUCCCCAAGUACAUGAUGGUGUCUGGGGAAAGAGCUCAGCUUCGUGGGUUAAAUCUGGAAGGUCUUCGGCGUCAUGGAUUCUCUGUUGCAGAGAUCAGAAGCCUGAGAGCAGCUUAUAGAAAAAUUUUUAUGCCCAUUGAUGCUAAUUUGGGGGGCGUUGAAGACCGAAUGGUUCAAGUAGAGCAGGAUGAAGAACUGGUUCUUGUCCCCACUGUUCGUUCCAUGCUACAAUCCAUACGGGAUUCUUUUGCAGAAGAUCGACGUGGAAUUUGCAAAUUUAGAUCUUGGAUUGUAACUUAGACUGCAGUCCGGUUUAUGAAUUGAAGGGGCACUUGGAAGUUUGGUGUUACAAGUUUUUUAUAAAUCCCUCUGUUUACUUCUUCACUGAUUCUGCCCUUGAUGCCUUUUUCUCUAUCCAGUAGAGAUAGCCAAACGUAAAACCUGCCUCAGCAUCAUUUCUUGUAUUUCAAUGUUCAAUUGUGGAAGUUGUAAGAGUGUAUACUAGGUAGCUUUCGUGAAGAAUAGUCUGCAAAAAAACCUCGCAAGUGUUCAGGUAUGACAGAGUUUUUCAUCUAUUCAUACCAUAUACGUAUUGUUGAUCCUAAUAAUGGUAAUUUGUCUGGAUGAAUAAUCAAGUUUUUUAAUCAUCGUAUCUAUUCUAUUUCAAGCCUUCUUCGCUUCAUCUCAGACUAAAGAUGGUUCUUUCAUUCUUAGAUCUUUUACAUUUCCGUGUCCCCUUGCCAGCGUUGCCUUGCGCCCCAUAGUGGAAAAGGAUCAAAAUUCAAGAUCAUUAGCUCUGUUAGAUUACCACUACUCUCUGAAAUGAUUAAUUGCGCCAGAAACUGGACUGAUGUAUGAAACAUCAUAGCUACUUUGCCCUCUCUUCCCCCACGAGGGGCAUUUUCUUGAAGCACUAUGCUUUAUUUAUUUAUUGUUGAUUACCAAGUUCCUGUGAUCCUUUUAUUUGGCAUUGUAUGCUUGGGAGAUGCAGGUUUUACAUUUGCUCGUUGCCUCCACAACCUCCUCCUCUACCUCUGCACCACCAAUAGGUAGGACAAGAGAUGCAGUGUCAUCAGACUCCUCCCUCAUCCCCUUUGGAUGAAUGAAGAAACUAAAAAAGGUGACUGUGAUAAAGUGAUAACAGACAACUGAGAUCUUGCAAAUGACGUGGAUGAUCAGAUUUUUAACCUUCUUUAGUCUUUCCAUAUGAAGAUUUCAGUCAAACAUCCACUCAUUAUGGACAGAAACUCGGCUAUGGGGAAUCUUAUCUUCAGUUCUUGGAUAGGGUCCGAUGUAGGUUAUUUCAAACCGUCUUGAAAAGGGUAGGACACUGUUUUCUGGAGAUAAUGAUAUCCUACUAACUUUUGGCUUUUGACGCAAUUAGAUGCACUAAUUUUUUUUCCCCC